GUUCUCUUCGUCCGCUCGAAAGUAAAGUCUGUUUGUAUACAUAUAUAUGAUUCAUUGUAGCGUCGUAUAUUAGAUUUUGAUGUUAUGAUUACGAUUUGUAUACUAAUAUUUAUUAUGCUGUUGUUUAUGUUGUUAUGUUUUGCGUGAUAACGUCACGAAAGUAGCUGAGGCAUUUCCUUUUUACAAAAAAGUACAAUCUUUUCCGGUUCUUGACAGAAUGCCUAGUAAUAGCGCUUAUGUAGCUCAUUUAAGAGACCUGCCGUCCUGCAUCAAAAUAUCAUAUAGAAAAUCACAACAGCAUUGGUAUAUGGUAAAUCAUUCAUAGAGCCAGAUUAACAAUCUGUUUGGAAAACUGAUAAGAAGUGACAGUGAAUGACGUCAUCACUUCUCCGAAAGCACCUGAGGCCCUGACGUCCACAUCCUGCGCUGGCACCGAGCUCAGAAGCCAGUGCUUCGUGUGCGCCCCAGAGAGGAACCCCUUCGCCUGGACGCUGGGUGGAACGAGUGAGCUGCGAAUAACGUGAAAUUUAUGAAUGGCGGAAAAAAACAGAAUUUCCCAAGCACAGGUUAUUGUGUGCUUGUUCGACGGUUCACUGACCCCUGAAAUGAAUAUCGCCUGUGUGUUUUAAUGUGCUUUCAGUGCGCGGUGUUCAUCAAAGCAUGGCCAAUAACACCAAGUCAGUGCUUGUGUCAGAAGUCGAAUGAAAAUUCAUCUCCGUUCACGCCACAGCAAGGAUGGAGGAGGAGGUGACGUGUAUCGUGUGCUCUGAGCUCUACACGAGAGGGACGCGAGAGCCGGUCGUCCUGCCCCUCUGCGGCCACACCUUCUGCAGGCCGUGUCUGUGCAACCUGGAGAACACAGGGCGCCUCAGCUGUCCCACCUGCAGGCAGAGCUAUAUAGGACCGCCCAUUGACCAGCUGCCCACCGUCUUCGCUCUCCUGAGUCUGUCUGAGCACUUUAGGAAGUCCGAGUGUCACGGAUGUCAGAGACAUGGGUCGCCGGUAGAGUUCUGGUGCCGCAGUUGCCAACUACCCCUGUGCGGCCACUGCCUCCUCGAGGAGCACGUCAAGGAUGACCACAAGGUCGUGCGAGGCACGGACUUCAUUGCAGAGCGGAAGGAGUAUAUCCUAAGUGAGUGCACCGAGCUCAUCCAAGAGAUAAGUAACAGAAAGAGCCACUGCGUCAGCAGGUUCAGUGAGUGGACAGCACAGAUCAUCGCAGGAGUAGAAGAGAGUGCUGUGCUGUGGAACUCUACCCAGAAUGCCCAGAACAUUAUGGCUGAUAUCGUUGACGCAACCAAUAUUGAAUCUAUUUUGGUAUCGUCUUCGAUGCUCGGAAGUCUUCGAGAGGAAUUCAUGAGAGUAGCACAGAGGGACACGAGAACAAGGACUGUGAGCGAUCGCUCUUUGAGAUGCAGCUCCUGCAGCGAGGCGGAUUCCGCUUCUCCUCUCGGCUUCCUGCGCCAGGAAUCUUCACCCGACGUGGAAUAUCAAGAGACCGAGUUCGAAGAGACCGAGCAGACUAAUGCCCCCGAAGAGAAUACUCCAAGUUCCUCAACUUCAAUAUCGGACGCUGUUGUGCCUGAGGACAGGACGGACAGCUCGUCCGACUCCUCCUUGGCGCGGCAGGACAGCAUAGGGAACAAGCUUCUUGUAGCAAGACAAAUCAGCUCGAGCAGCAGCACGGGCCGCGAGACCAGCCACACCCUGAGGGACGCUGGCGUGAUAACCCUCUUAGGCCCAGUUCCUUGGCCGCUGAAGUGCUGCGUGGUAGGCCCAGGCGGGAGGAGAGGAAAGCUGAGAUGGGAGGGCGGCCGCCUCCACAUGUACGCUCUCGGAGAAGAAAUAGAGGAUCCCCACUUCAUGGUGCAGAUGUCCGUUCUGCAGUACUUAGUGCCAGAAGACUACCAAGAGGUUUUCCUCGUAUUGGAGACGGAGGGGCGGUGUCUCGGCCGGGUCUACAUCCGCCUGUGGAGUCGAAUCCGCCGCGCCCAGCACUUCCUCGCUCUCUGCCUGGGCUCCUUGGGGCCUUCCUACCGGAGGAGCAAGUUCCACGGCGUGGCCAAGAGAGGAGCGCCGGGAGAGACGCUGGCAGGGGGAAAAUACCUGACUCCUGAAGGUCUGACCAGCGUCCAGGCGCUCACGGGACACUUAGAAUGGGGCGGCGAGCACAUCAAGGAAAAGAAGUGCGGUCUCGUGGUCGGUGCCAACGCGGGCAAGCCAGAGUUCGACGCCUUCUUCCACAUCUGCAUGAAGGACCAGCCCGGAAGGCGGUUCGCGUGCGCCUUCGGAGAAGUCAUCCAGGGCAUGGAGGUCCUCCACGCAGCCGUCACACAUCUGUGCAACAGCGACGUUACGAUUAGUGACGUAGGCGUGGUCCUGGCUUCCACAGCGCCCUAA